GGGCCGGGCCGGCCGCCGCGCUCCAGUUGCGGCGCGCAGGGGCUGCCCGGCAUCUGUCUCCGCCCGCAUCCCCAGGAGCCGGGCCCGCCCGUGGGGUCCCCCCGCCGCCGCCGCCGCCGCCGCCAGCGCCCGGGAGAAGCCACCAGCCCCGCUCCCGUGCAAUGAGCCUCCGAGCCCAUUUGCUGGCAGGUGGAAUGGGACAGUCAUGAAUGGUGAUGCCCUUUGCCAAGAGUCUUCCUCCCAGCUUCCCGACUGGAGGGAAUUCUGUGAGCUCCAUGCCCAGGCUGCUGCGGUGGACUUUGCUCAGAAGUUCUGCCAGUUCCUGAGGGAGAACCCCCAUUACGAUACCCCGGGGGCUGAAACCUCCUUCUCCCAUCACUUUGCUGCCAAUUUCUUGGACAUCUUCAGCUUGGAGGUCAGUAGAGUGUUUGUGUCUGACUCCCCAACCACGUACAACAUAGUACCCUUUGUGGGGCUACAGAACUGCCACAUGCCUUACGGCCGAGACAUCCUCCAGAGGAAAGAGGAGACCUCCACAGAAUCCCUGGACAGCAUGGACAACCCUGUGAACUCCAGCCGAUAUCUGAGCCAGUCCCAGCAGGCUCAGGCUCAUAAAGUUUCUUCCUACGGCCACUCUCGGAGUUCAGAGGACGUCUCUGUCCAUGCUACUUCCAAGCCGAAAUUCAAGAAAGGUUUCUCCUUGAGGAAUAUGAGCCUGUGUGUGGUGGAUGGCAUGAAGGAGAUGUGGCACAGGAAGUCCUCUCCGGAGCCAGGUGUGGAGGCCACGCAGGGUGGCAGGAGGUCAGAGAGAGAGCACUGUCCCGCUGUGAUCAAGGAACACAAUGACACGAGGGAGCGAUGGACUCACAAGCUGCGGCUGUCAAAAGUCCAGUCUUCCAAGGUGGAACUGGUGGAUAUUCAGAGGGAAGGCACCCUCCGCUACAUGGUGGCGGAUGACACAAACUGUGUGGGUAGCUCUCAGUGGCAGAAAUGUCGGCUGAUGCUCAGGAAGGCUGUUAAGAUGGAGGGGGAGAGGUUCCUGCUGGAGUUUUAUGUGCCACCAAAGGUUUCCAAACCUAAGGUCAGCAUCCCACUCUCGGCCAUCAUUGAGGUCCGGACAACCAUGCCUUUGGAGAUGCCGGACAAAGACAACACCUUUGUGUUGAAGGUGGAGAAUGGUGCUGAGUAUAUUCUGGAAACCAUUGACUCCCUCCAGAAACAUUCUUGGGUGGCGGAUAUCCAGGACUGCAUAGACCCCGGGGACAGCGGAGAUGAUAUUGAACUUUCCUCCUGUGUGCAGGGAGCCUGCCUGCCAGGCAGGGUACCCUCCUGCAGCUGUGAAUUUCUGGCCGAUGGUGUGCACAGGACUCCAGACAGAUGUUCUGUGCUUGCCACCCACACCACCACCCCGACUGCUGCCACUGUCAUCUCACCCCCGCAUGGCAGGGCCAGGGACUCCUUGGGGGAACACCUGGCCCAUGUACCACUGGAAAACUUCCUGCAGACCGUGGAGUCACCAGCCACCAGCAGUCAUUUAGCAGGGGAGGAAAGCGAGACAGAAGCGGAGAUCAACCUCUCAGAUUUCCCCUGGUUCCAUGGGACGCUGUCACGGAUCAAAGCCGCCCAGCUGGUGCUCUUCGGUGGGGCCAGGAGUCACGGUCUGUUUGUCAUUCGGCAGAGUGAAACUCGACCAGGCGAAUACGUGUUGACUUUUAACUUCCAGGGGAAAGCAAAGCACCUCCGGCUAUCCCUGAACGAGAACGGCCAGUGCCAUGUGCAGCACCUCUGGUUCCAGACCAUCUUCGAUAUGUUGCGGCACUUCCACACCCACCCCAUCCCCCUGGAGUCCGGCGGCUCAGCUGACAUCACUCUCCGCAGCUACGUUGUGGCACAGGGCCCCUUCUCUGAUGCCAGCCCUGCCCCAGCUGUUGCCUCCCAACAGCCCAGCUGCAGGAGCGACCUCCCAUCCCAACCCUACUUCUCCAGCUUUGUGCCAGGCCCUUUCCAGCCCGCAUCGCCUGGGGAGGGGGCUGUCGCCUCUUCCUCCUCAACUGGCCAUCCUCUGUACCACCGAAUGGAGGGGACCCUCAGCGCCCGGAGCCGCAGCAACAGUACCGAGCGCCUGCUGGAGUCACCCAGCAUUAGCGUGGAGGACUACCACGAGAGCGACGGCUCGCGCAGCAGGACCAGGGCGGUUGAGAACCAGUAUUCUUUCUACUGAGGAGUCGCAGGGUGGAGGCCAGCCCUCUGUGUGGGGUGUCCUUGCCUACCAGUGCAGCCGUGGCUCAUGGAGAUGCUCGUGCCGUUGCUGAUGAGCCCUGGCUCUGAUCUCUGACCGCCCCCGUGGAUGUUUACAUAUCGCCAUGGCCCAAAGCCAUGGGCUGUCCCCACUCUCUUGUCAACUCUCUGGCGUGCCCCUCACCUCAGCAUCCGAUUCACUGGUGCCAGUCGAAAGUCGCCAACUCCAUCCAUCACCAGCAAUGGACCUGGGCUGUCCUUUGUCCCCCUCGCACCUCGGAGAAUGGUUUGAACGAUGAGCAACUCCACCAGCCCGGCAACCGCGUUGGGGAUGUCCCAACCAAACACGUUCACCGCUCCCUAGAUCUGGCUCAUGCUCUGAGCUCAGAAGGCCGAAGACACCGGUGCCAUUAAGGGAUCUGUUCUCGGGUCAGCACUACCCGGUCUCUGCCAUUGUCAGCUUGUGGUCGGUUCCCUUAACCCCUACAAAUACUCGCCUGCCGGUCUCUCCAUUGUCUGCAGUCGGAUCGGGACUUUCCACUUCCCGCUUCGGUCUGGUAACAUGCAGUGGUUCUCCUGGAACAGGAAUCCAUGGCUUUGAUUUAUAUUGUUCUUCCCUUAGCUGUGCAACAAUGAAAGCGUCUCCUGGCAUUUCCUAGAUGGAAAGGACUAGACGUUGCCAGUGUUGGAACGUAGUCAAGGUCACCUCAAACGGUUACUUCCCUUCAGGGAUAAUUACCUUGAGUUCUGCAAACAAGACACUGCAAGCUAGUAACGUUCUGAGGUGACCUUGUAUAUGACAAAUCUCACCAAGGCAGUUUUGUUGCUAGCACAGAGAACGUGCCCACACACACACACCAGUCAGGGAUGGAAAAGACCUAUCAGACUAUCUGGUCCCUCUCCAUUGCUAUUACAAGAUUGUUCGCUGCAGGAAAUUUACGGGGGAGGGGUUGUCCACUUGAGUCCCAAACUAGGGGGCUUCUGCCAUUCCCCAGAGGAGAUUAUUCCACAGCCUACUGCAUCUGACUGUUGGAAAGUUUUUCCUGAUAGCCAGCCCAUAUUUUCUCUUUCUUCAUUUUAUCCUGUUACUCCUAGUUGUAGCCAUGGGACCCACCCUAAAUCAUUCCUUUUCCU